AUGGGUUUUGAGGUUGACAUAUACGCCGGUAGUUCUUUACUUCAAUUGUAUGUCAACAAUGGCUGUAUACGUGAUGCACGGCACGUGUUUGAUAAAAUGUCCCACAAAGAUUGUGUUUCAUGGAAUGUCAUGCUUCAUGGAUAUGCUAAAAAGGGGGAGUUCAGUAAUGCUGUUGGUAUAUUUAUGGAAAUGAGAAGCAGUGAAAUUAAGGCCAAUGCGGUGACAUUUUCUUGCGUUUUGUCUGUUUGUGCCUCAGAAGCCAUGAUUAAUUUUGGUACUCAACUCCAUGGGUUAGUUGUUGCUUAUGGUCUGGAGUCGCAUUCUUCAGUGGCUAAUACGUUGAUAGCCGUGUACUCUAAAUGUCAUAUCUUGUCUGACGCUCGUAAGUUGUUUGAUAUGAUGCCACGAACUGAUGUAGUGAGAUGGAAUGGGAUGAUUUCUGGUUAUAUACAAAAUGGGUUUAUGAGUGAGGCUUCAGGUUUGUUUGAUGAGAUGAUAUCUGCUGGUGUCAAACCUGACUCCAUUACAUUGGCGAGCUUUCUUCCGUCCGUUACUCAACCAUUUAACCUCAAGCAAGCUAAAGAAAUUCAUGGUUACAUUAUUAGACACUGUGUACCUUUUGAUGUGUAUCUGAAAAGUGCACUUAUUGAUGUAUAUUCCAAGUGCAGAAGCGUGGAUAUGGCACGCAAUAUUUUCAACCAAAGGACCAGAACUGAUGUCGUGAUGUGUACUGCUAUGAUUUCAGGGCUUGUCCUUAACGGGAUGAACACUGAUGCAUUGGAAAUUUUUAGAUGGUUGCUUAGAGAGAAUUUGAGGCCUAAUACUCUCACCAUGGCAAGUAUUCUGCCAGCUUGUGCUGGUCUGGCUGCUUUGAAAUUGGGAAAGGAAUUGCAUGGCAAUAUCCUCAAGCACGGGCUUGAUAAAAGCUUUCAUGUAGGUAGUUCCCUUAUUGGCAUGUAUGCAAAAUCGGGAAGGGUUGAUCUUGCUCAUCUAGUUUUCAAAAGAUUGUCGGAAAGAGAUGCAAUAUGUUGGAAUUCCAUGUUAACAAGCUAUUCUCAAAAUGGUAAACCAGAAGAUGCAAUGGAUCUAUUUCGUCACAUGGGGAUGGGAGGUGUUAAGUAUGACUGUGUAAGCUUUUCAGCUAUACUUUCUGUUUGUGCAAACUUACCAGCACUUCAUUAUGGGAAAGAGAUUCAUGGUUUCAUUAUUAAAAGUGAAUUUAGUUCUGAUAUUUUUGCCCAGAGUGCACUCAUUGAUAUGUAUGCCAAAUGUGGAAACUUAGUUAUUGCUCGCCAUGUAUUUGACUCAAUGGAAGAGAAGAAUGAAGUUUCGUGGAACAGCAUUAUUUCUGCUUAUGGUUAUCAUGGUCGCCUUAAGGACUCUCUUGGUCUGUUUCGUGAUAUGCUAGAUAACGGAAUCCUACCUGAUCAUGUCUCUUUUGUUGGUGUGUUAUCUGCUUGUGUCCAUGCAGGCCAAGUUGAUGAUGGAAUUCUCUAUUUCCGCUGCAUGACUGAGGAAUAUGGGAUUCCAGCUUCGUCAGAGCAUUAUGCCCUCAUGGUAGAUCUACUUGGGCGUGCUGGACGUUUACACGAAGCAUUUGAAACAAUAAAGAGCAUGCCAUUUUCCCCAGGUUCUGGUGUCUGGGGAACAUUGCUUGGAGCCUGUCGGGUACAUGGAAACAUCGAGCUUGCUGAAGAAGCAUCAAGACAUCUUUUUGACUUGGAACCAGAAAAUUCAGGCUACUAUAUGCUACUCGCAAAUAUAUAUGCUGAUGCUGGACAAUGGGAGAACAUGCGUAGGGUUCGAAAUUUGAUGAACGAAAGAGGAGUUCAGAAAAUUCCUGGGUACAGUUGGAUCGAGGUCAACAACAAGACUCAUGUAUUUGUUGCAGCGGACACAAGUCACCCACAAUCUGCUAUAUUACAUUCACUGCUCAACAUUCUUCUUCUAGAGCUGAGAAAAGAGGGUUAUAAUCCUCAACCCUACCUUCCGAUGCACCCACAGAUAGUGGGUGUCUGAUAAUGAGACAGGUGAGGAACAAUCACUCUUUUGUGGCAUCUACAUCUUCAAAGUUUACAAUGUUGACUGGUGACUGCUGCUCUAGUUAUCUGAGGUUCGAAGAAAAAGAUAACGCAUGUGUGUGGGUG